AUGCGGUCGCCCGUGUCGCUCUACUUGUUGAGUUUGGCCGUGUGUGACAGCCUCCUACUGUUCGCUGCAGCCGGUCUGUUCUUUCACGAUGUUGUUCCUUAUACCGUUCGUGCGGACGGGAACCAAUCGAACGAAACAAAUCCGUGGCCGAUGGAACUGGUGAAUCGAACUACCUCAGUCUACCAUCACCCGGUUAUGGAAAGAGAACAAAGUUCUUUAUUCAAAUUAGUCUAUCAGUUACUUCGGUGGCACUUUUUCUAUCCACUCGGUUUGACCGCGCAAAUGGCCACAAUCUACAUCACUGUCUGUCUGACUGCGGAACGAUUCAUCGCCGGUUGUUAUCCCCUGCAUGCUGGGAUGCUUUCUUCCAUUCCACGGGCACGUAUUGCCAUUUUGAGUUGUGUGGUGUGUGCGGUUGUUUAUAAUUGUCCCCGGUGGUUCGAAAUGUCCUACUUUAUGGCGCGUACGAAUGAAAUGGAUGAAAACGAGGAGGAUAUCUGUUUGGACAAAUGGACACCACACUGCAUGUGGCAUUCUAUGUUUCGUUUUGUCUACUACACAUGGGGUUAUUUGUUGUUUAUGUUUCUCUUACCUGUGAUCGCUCUCACCUAUAUGAACAUUCGUUUAAUUCAAGCUCUACGUCGUGCAAAUCUGUUUCGUCACGAGUACAAUGCCAAGUGCUGUUGUCCAAAUGUGUACGCCACAUCGCACAACGAAUCUUCGGGCACAAGUUGGACGACCAGCAACUCGAAUCGGGGCUGUUCAUGCUAUCGUUGGGAUCGCAGUCCGGUCCACGCAAAUGGCAUGGCCACACCUCAUGUGCAUUCACUUGUUGAAGGUCACUGGAUCGGUCGAUUGAAUUUUCGUUCUAUCCCAAAUGCACCUCAUGUGUAUACGUCACAAGGUCGCGUGAUUCGCACGGAGAAAAAUGUCACUCGCAUGGUGCUAGUGGUGGUCGGGGUAUUUAUCGCAUGCCAGUUACCGGCUAUGAUUUAUAACAUAUACUUUGGUAUUGCCUCUCCAGAAGAAAUGUCGGUUGGUUGGUGUGCCUUGUCUGAGAUACGAAACUUUCUGGUAGUGGUCAAUUCCAGCAUCAAUUUUGUCGUCUAUUGUUGUAUGGNCACGUGA